CAGAAGACAACAGCAGCUGAAAGAAAAGUUAGCCUUCCUGAAAAGAGAGUACAGCAAAACAUUCAACAGGCUACAGAACUGGUGGAUAAACAGUCUCCCAAUGCUGGUGAUAAACCUGAAGCAUGUGGGUUUCAGACCAAUGCCUCUUCUGCCUCUGGCACUGAGAAAAAAACGUCUGUCACGUUUAAACUUGAGCCUGAAUUCUUCAACAAGGAAGUUAACCUACAGAAAAGUUCACAGGCAGAAAUCACAAAUAGGGACCAAGAAGAUGUCCUCUCUGGCCUCGUUAUGUCUGUUACUGAGGAGAGCCAAAAUCAGCUGCCAAGGAGUGGAAUGGCUUUGGUCUCACGGGGGAGAGAAUCCGCUUGUGAAGUGCCACCAGUCAGUGCUGGUCAGAGGUUGGAAAAUCAAAUGGCCAGUGCAGAGGAGCUUGGGUCACCAGUGUUCAAGGGGAGGAAUACCAUCUCCAGCACCAAGAAUAACAUUCCGACAGCCCUCAAGCUGGUCAUUGUGAGGGAAGAAAAAGAUUUAACUCCUCAAGAUCCACGGGUAGGAGAUUGGCAGGAAAUGCCCAAAGAAAAUGUAUUUCUGAGUGUCCCUGAGCCACGUUCAUACAUGUCGAUGGGUGGCAGUAACGUUCAGCAGCCUUUGUCUCCAUGUGCCGUGGACAUCUGUGCCAGCUGUGAGCCAACAGCACCGUGUUUAGUGAGCGAUAGCCCUGUUUCAUUUGAAAACGUGGGUGAUGCAGAAAAAGAACUUGCCUGUGUAGAAAACAAAAUGGAAAAUGUGUGUGUGGAUUGUGAAGAGUUAUGUAGGUCCUUGGAUUUAUCUGCAGAUAAUCAGCCAUCCUCAGCAGGCAGAGGCAACCCUAGUCUUAGAGAACUCAGAACCCAUAAAGAAAGAAACCACAGUGAGCCCAGUAGCUCAAGGCUGCUGAACACUGAUGCUGUUCUGGGAAACGUUGAAGAACAUUUGGAGAAUCCAGAGGCCCCGAGUGAAGCAGGGUCUCCUGUCCUAGAGACGACGACUCCUGCAGCAGAAAGCGCACUGAGCUCUUGCACAAUGAUCGAAGGACUUCUCUUUCCCGUAGAGUAUUAUGUUAGGACAACUCGGCGUAUGUCUGCCUGCCAGAGGAAAGUAGACCUGGAGGCUGUCAUUCUCAGCCAGCUGGGCAGGAGCAGGAAGGGGCUGCGAAAUAAACAAAAGCAGCUAAAUUCAAAUUCAGAUCAGCUCUACCAAGAACCAGCCCAAAGCGAUGUGCAGGCAGGGGGCACUCCGUUCCCUUUUCUAGGCGCAGAGAGUGACCCAGUGAGUUCGAGCAGCUCUCCGAAAUCUCUCCCUUCCUCGGGGGAGAGCUGCACUUCCAGUGGGUCUCUUUCUCAGAAGAGUAUUGUUAGUACACGACGAGCUAAAGGAAGAACCUGGCGGAGAGGAAGGGGCAGAGGGGGUUCUACCUGCAGACCUGCCCUGGAUGCGUCGCAAGCACGUCCUGAUAAUUCAGAUCUCAUAGAGCCGAAGGAAAAGAGUGCUCGCAUCUCAAGCGAUUCUCACAGUGCAAAGGAAAACUGCGAGGGUGACCCAGAGAGCUCAUCAGUAGGAAAAACAAGGGUGCUUGUCACCGCAGAAGCAGAAAUGUCAGGCAUUAUAUGGCCAGCUGAAGCUGAUCUUCCUGAGGGAAACCAAACAUUUGGCAAAUGCCAUCAGCCUCCUUUAGAACAGAUGCAAACUCCACUGCCCGCAGUUAAAGAAACUCCACCUCGACAUGAUCUCCCAAGUACCUCUGUGAAACGUAAAGCGAGACAGGGAUCUAAAGGUAAAAGAGGGCGCAGUCAACAGAUGGGCUUGGAAGAUCUGACUCCUCUAGGCCGUCUUGAUCUGGAUCCUGUGGCCUUUGACCCUCCCUUUCACUUCCAGAAUGAGAUGCUCAGUCUCAAGUGGCUGCCCUCUAAGCUGGACAUCAGAGACUUUCAUUUACCGGAUGAGGAGUUUGGUUUCCUUAAAUUGGAGAAACUACAGUCCUGCCCAGUGAAAGAGCUGGAGCCCUUUGUUGCUUCCGGGUCUGGACGCGGGCAGCACCAUGCUGGAGGCAGCGUGAGGCUGGGGGACGUGAGACACACAGUGAAUACAGAAGGGAAGAGUCCAGAAAAUAGCUUUAUGUCUCCUGCAAAGGUGCUGUCGCCUACACAGCAUCACUCAGCAGGACUGUUGCACAAGAGCAGGCUUUCUCCAAGGGAAUUGCUGCUGACUCCGGCAAGUACUGUCUCAGCUGAUGCCAUCGCCCAGCGUAACUCUCAGAUUCGCCUACCUGCUUUCCCUGUCUUGGGUGCGACCCCGGCCGUCCUGUCACAGUCUGACACGCUGUCUGUGCUUCCUUUGCAAGUGAAAACCAGUCCCUUCAAAGAGCCAGCCAGGUAUGGCAUGGAUGGGAGGGAGCGUAAUAACUCCACAAGCGUGUUGCACUCAGAGAGCUGCAGGAUGGGAUCUGAUGGCAUCUCUGACGAAGCCAUCACCCUCAAAGAGCAUCAGCCAGCAAGGAGCAGCUCCCCGGAGUGCUGCAAGGCAAAGGACAAAACGACAGCAGAGCAAUUGGCUGUAGCAUUGAGUGACCUGGGAGACAGGAGCUUGCAUCUGGCCUCAAAGCUAAAGAACCCCUCAAGUUCCUGUGCCGUGGACGUGAGCACUGUCUGGUGGGAAUCAGCUGGCUGCACGGAACUGUGUAUCCUCACUGCUUGUGAGACUUCAGUCUCUCUGUGGAAACCUCUGGCUUCCAGCCAGUGGAGAAAGGCGUAUACCUGGCACCUUGCAGAGAUUCCAGUAAUACAAAUUGUUCCCUUGCCAGAUGUCUGUAAUCUUGUGUGUGUUGCCUUGGGAGAGCUGGAGAUUGGAGAAAUAAGGCUCUUGCUUUGUUCUUCCGAAGAUGGCUCCUUAAAGCAAUCGCUAAUGAGAACUGGGAACAUCAAAGCUGUUCUUGGGCUGACAAACAGGAGGCUGGUCAGUAGUAGCGGGGCCCUUCAAGACCAGCAAAUCGAGAUAAUCUCCGUUUUGGAGGCAGGGAGAAGCAAAGAGAGGCAGAGUUUGAUGCCCCCAGAAGAAACCAUUCUGGCAUUUGCUGAGGUGGAAGGGAUUAGAGAUGCUUUGGUUGGCACCACUGCCAUGAACAACCUUGUUAUUUGGAACUUGAAAACCGGCCAGAUUCUGAAAAAGAUGCAUGUUGGUUAUUCCUACCCUGCCUCCAUCUGCCAUCGUGCCUAUUCUGACUCUGGCCUCUUGUUUGUUGUUUUAAGUCACCCACAUGCCAAAGAGAAUGAGUCCUGUGGAAACCCUGCAUUCCGGGUGAGAGCGUUCAAUCCCAGGACAGCCAGAAGCACUGGGGUCAUGUUCUUCUCCCUCCCUCCUGGACACAGCGGAAGGUACCUGGAAGGUGAAGUGAAGGGUGGCUCCGCGGCAGCUGUGCUAACAUCUGGAACAAUCGCAGUGUGGGACUUAUUUUUAGGCCAAUGUACUGCUCUGCUUCCACCAAAUACUGAUGGGAAAUGGUCUUUGGUCAGGUGGUCAGUCACAGAUUCCUGUCUCCUGGCUGGACAGAAAGACGGAAGCGUGUACAUGUACCAUUAUUCACUGUAGGGAAUUGAAUGGGUAAUACGAUGGCUUCUCAAAGCUAACAGAGUUUGCCCUGAUAAUCUAAAGUAAAUGGAGCAGUUUAGGAUUUUAAGUUGAAAGAAGAUUCUUCAGUGUCAUCUGUUCGCUUUCCCACAAGUAUACUGAGUUCACAAGGUCUGUAAGAUAAUGCUGGUCAACCUGGCUGACUUGGAAUGUUUCUUGUCCUGUUCAUUAGAUCUGUGAAGCCAGUGGCAUGCUGUUUAACAGAGAUUGGCUAGAUCUACCUGUUGGCAUUCAGGGUUUGUACAUUUCAUUGUGAAAAGCAUUUUCAGUGGAUUAUUUUGAUGUAAGAUGCUAUUAAACUUUAUUUUU